AGGGGUGUGAUUUAAUAAUAUAAACAGCUCUGCUGGAGUUCCUGGCCAAAGAAAAGAUGUGAUGACCAGCUCAGGUUUACAGGAUUUGAAUGAAAAACAUUGACCAUGGAAACAAAAUACGUAUUACUCUAAAGUAGCUGAUUUGUGUCUUGUCCCUUUGCAUGACUGCUGAUUAGAUCUCUCUGUUCCAGCAAAAAAUGUCAAGGAGAUGGUUGGGGAAUUCCUGGCAUUUUCACUGGAAAGAGACAAGGAAGAAGACUCUCAUCAAGAGAGACCAGAGAGGCAGGAGAGAAGCCUUGGAAAAAAGAUGACAGAAAAAAAGGUUCCUUUGCAAAGAGGGGAUUUUCAUGAUUCAAUUGACAUGGCAGCGGAAACAUACAAAUGCUUGGACUGGGAGUUGAAUUUCUCAGGUCAAAGUGAAGAUGGAUUUGAUUUUCAAAAGCCCCCUGGAAAGAAGGUCCAUAAUAGCUUCAAGUGUGGAAUGAGAUUUCUUUGUGGAGAAGAGCUCAUUAGGCAACAAACGAUCCAUAUAGGACAGAAGAUGCACAGCUGCUCAGUGAAAAAUGAAAAUAAUUUAUCUGAUACGAAGACACAUAAAUUUGGGCAGGUAUUCCACAGCAGUGUUGAUAUUCAACAGCAUCUACCAACCCACACACUGCAGAAACCUUUUGCGUGCUCAGAGUGUGGAAAGGGAUUUAGCCGUAGUGGCCAUCUCCACCUGCAUCAAAGAACCCACACAGGAGAGAAACCUUUUGAAUGUUCAGAGUGUGGGAAGAGAUUCAAUAACAGUGGCCAUCUUCAUGUACAUGAAAGAACCCACACAGGAGAAAAACCUUUUGUGUGUUCAGAGUGCGGAAAGAAAUUCAGUAGCAGUGGAGAUCUUCAAAAGCAUUUGAGAACCCACACAGGGGAGAAACCUUUUGAGUGCUCACAGUGUGGAAAGAGAUUCAGUCACAGUGGCAAUCUUCAUCUUCAUCAAAGAACCCACACAGGAGAGAAACCUUUUGAGUGCUCCCAGUGUGGAAGGAAAUUCAGUCAAAAUGGCACUCUUCAAAAGCAUUUAAGAACACACACAGGAGAGAAACCUUUUGAGUGCUUAGAGUGUAGAAAGAGAUUCAGUAGAAUAUCCAGUCUUCAACUGCAUCAACGAACCCACAGGAGAGAGAAGCCUUUUGAGUGUUCAGAGUGUGGAAAGAAAUUGAGUAGUAGUGGAAAUCUUCAAAAGCAUUUAAUAACUCAUACAGGAGAGAAACCUUUUGGGUGCUCAGAGUGUGGAAAGAGAUUCAGUCACAGUGGCAGUCUUCAUCUUCAUGAAAGAACCCACACAGGAGAAAAACCUUUUGAGUGCUCAGAGUGUGGAAAGAGAUUCAGUCACAGUGGCAGUCUUCAUCUACAUCAAAGAACCCACACAGGAGAGAAACCUUUUGAGUGCUCAGAGUGUGGGAAGAACUUCAGUAGCAGUGGAGCACUUCAAAAGCAUUUAAGAACCCACACAGGAGAGAAACCUUUUGAGUGUUCGGAGUGUGGAAAGAGAUUCAAUAGAAUAGGCACUCUUCAAGUGCAUCAAAGAACACACACAGGUGAGAAACCUUUUGCGUGCUCAGAGUGUGGAAAGAGAUUUAGUCAGAGUGGAAGUCUUCAAAAGCAUUUAAGAACCCACACAGGAGAGAAACCUUUUGAGUGCUCCCCUGAGAGGUUUAAUCAAUCUGUCCCUGUUUUCUGGGGUUUUCCAGGGGGUUGGAAAAAACAGGGGCAAGGCUGCUCUUGAAGAAGUCAUUUUUGAUCGCUAAUCUUGAGCAAUAGGAAAAAGACUUUUUUUAACAUUCUGAUUUGGCUUGAUUUGGCCAUAAAAUUAUUGUUAUAGCCCAAUCAGCCAAAUCCUUGAUUCGGUAUACCCUAAUAUAUUCGGAUAUAAUGAAAAAUUCUGGUUAGUUUGCAAUUUUUGUUAUUUAAAGUGGUUUUUUUAACCUUUGGCCUGUAGGGUGCGCAUGUUUCAUGUUAGCUGCACCAAAGUUUCAGAGUAUCUAUAGGAGCCUCUCCUGAUGAUACCACCUAUUUUUGGUGAAGUUUGAUUCAGAGGGUCUAAGAUUAUGAACCCCCAAAGCAGUGCCCCAUCUCCCAUUGUUUCCAAUGGGAGCUAAUCAGAGAUGGGGGCUUCCCCUUUGAGGGUCCAUAACUUUGGAAACCCUGAACCAAACUUCACCAAAUCUGCGUGGUAUCAUUAAGAGGGUUGCCUGAUGACACUCUGCAAUUUUGGUGCUGCUAGUUUAAGAACUGCGCCCCUGACAGGCACCCCAAGAAAUUUCCCCAGAUUCUCCUGUUGAACUGACCUGACUCCAUUGCAACCAAUGGGGAAUUUCUGGGUGUUUAAGCAGGGUGCCCAGUUUUCAAGGUAGAGGCAGCAAAUUUCAGGGUGGUUCCAGGAGACACUCCUGGCAAGAGCAUCCAGGCUUGGUGAACUUUGCUUCAGUGGGUUCAAUUUUAUGGACCCCCAAAAGGGUAAUGCCCAUCUCCCAUUGCCCCCUGAAGCAAAGUACACCAAAUCUGGGUGCUCUUGCCAGGACGGUCUCCUGAAGCCACCUUGAAAGUGUGGUGCCUCUACUGUGCACUCUACAGACACCCCCAGAAAUUCCCCUUUAGCUAUGGAGCCCAGUCAGAUCAGAGAACCUGUCAAGUUCCUCAGCAAGUUCUAUGUUAGGAAAACGUUAUUGUUUAUUUCCCACCAUAGACUUCAAUGGGUCUUGCUGAUAUGCCCACUUGGCUCUGUGCUGGAGCGUCCCCUCCAACAAGCAUUUCUUUGCCUCUCUCUCUCUCUCUCUCUCUCUCUCUCUCUCUCUCUCUCUCUCUCUCUCUCUCUCUCUCUCUUAAACCAGCAUUUCUCUGCCCCCCCCCUCUCUCUCAAACAAUGUUUCUCUGCCUGUCUCUCUUUAUUUCUCCAAUCAGCAACAAUUGGCUUGGCAACAAUAGUUUCUUUCCCUUUGGCAUGGCAUGGGGGCAUUCGUUCAGGCCAGGAAACUUUGAUGUUUAAUGAUCCCUGGCCUGAACAAAUGCUGAUUCAGAUCUAUCAACCUAUCAAGCCAGGUCAGGUUACUAGCUCUAUUUGUUUCGCUUGUACCUAGUUACAGUGAUCCAUGUAAUGGUCACCUAUCGGGUAGACUGUGUUGAGGGGUAUGGUAUGAAGUGGGGGUUCAAUCCCCGAAUAGCAGAGUUGCGCAACACACACUGGAACGCAGUAGGAAUGUAGACACACACAGCAAUUCAGCUUCACAGAAGCAGUCCUACUUUAUUCAGUUCAUAGAAUGUUGCUCUCACAAAGUGCUCCGCCAGGCAGUGCGAUGACAAGUGUCUCACAAUGCAAAGCCUUAUAUACAGUUUACUAACCAAUCAUAGUCCUCUUUCAAUUAGUCCCAGAAAGAGGCUGUGCCAUGUGGCAACUGUCACUUAGAUUUUGCUGAUCAAACAGAAAAGUAGCAAAAUUUCUUUUACAAGUGACAGAAUUUUCUAAGUAAUGUAUACUGCUAUAUACAGUCUUUCUGUCUGCAUUUUGAAUUGAUUUGUACUUUAUAAAUGUCUGGUAACACUCUAGAGUCUAGAGCCUAUUUUAAAUGCCUAAUAAAGGUUGUUGUGUUGUGAUAAAUAAAGAAGCCUCUGCUGCAGCUGAUAGCUCCCUGAGAAAGGGUUAAUGGAGCCUUGCAAAGAGAACACAGCUGAACCAGUAGAGCCUGAACUCGCACAGGCUUCUGGCUCAGAACUAAUCAGCAGGGCUAGAGACGAUGCUAGCAGCUCUGAGUCCAGAUGCAGAUGGAGAUUAAGACUGGCCUUAAAGGAGAGACACUGCUCAGCAAGAUUACAGGCUAGGCAUUACCCAGAGCCUUUGCAGGAGCAGUCCCAGGCUAUUAGCUCUGAGGAAUAAAAAACCUUGUGCAGGAACUGCGACUGUGGUUUUAAAGUGGAUGCUAUCUGCCCUUGUUUGCACACCACUGCUGUCUCCAGACCUGACUGACAACAGACUGGCUUCUGACCUUGGCUACUGGAUUCUUCAGGCUGCUGUAUGUAUUCUUGGCAAUUGAUUCCUGGCCUGAUUGACUUGUCUUUGGACUCUCCCAUGGACUUGGUAACCCUGAACUUUAUUCUCUGAUGAAUUGCUAGCAGCCAGCCCUGAGUCUUCUCAGUACUGUGUGUCCUGUGGCAGCACACCAGCCUGCCCAGCCAGCACAGAUAGGGAGUGAAAGUACAUCCUUUCCUAACAUCUUUCUGUUUCUCCAUAUUCUAUCCUAAGAGUAACCUGCAGUCCUGAGUACAUGUUGCCCAUCCAAAUAAUCAUAACUUUUCAUGAUUCACGCAGUAAUCUAUGAAAUCUAUAAAAAAACAAAGCGAUUUUCUUCCAAAACUUAACAUAUACAUGCAAAUGUAUGUUUAAUAAACAGUCUUUAACACUUUA